AUGCUGACAGACUUCAAGUGCAAAAUGCAACAAGUGUUUGAGAUGUCUGAUUUGGGACAAAUGUCUUACUUCCUUGGCAUGGAAGUAUCCCAAACUCAGCAAGAGAUCUUCCUAAGUCAAAAGGCUUUUGCCUUAAAAAUUCUAAACAAAUUCUCCAUGCUGAAUUGCAAAGCAACAAGUACACCAGUUGCCAUUGGAGAGAAACUAUCAAGCCAAGGCAAUUUUGAGAAGGUUAGUGAAUCAACAUAUAGAAGUCUAGUUGGAUGUUUGCUCUAUUUAACUGCCACUAGACCAGACAUUAUAUUUGCUAUAAGUUUGCUUUCAAGAUUUAUGCAUUGCUGCAAUAAAAAGCACUUUCAAGCUACCAAAAGAGUUCUCAGGUACAUCAAAGGUACUAAGAGCUAUGAAAUGUUCUUUAGCAAAGUUGAAAAUAUGAAAUUAAUUGGCUAUGCUGAUAGUGAUUGGGCUGGAUCGAUAGAUGAUAUGAAGAGUACCUCAGGGUAUCUAUUCACCCUUGGUUCAACCAUUUUUUGCUGGAGUUCAAAGAAGCAAACUGUUGUUGCUCAAUCAACUGCUAAAGCAGAGUAUGUGGCAGCUGCAGGAGCUGUCAACCAAGCCAUUUGGCUAAGAAAAAUAAUGGCCAAUUUAAAUCAACACUAA